UUCUAGCUUGAAAACAUGGUAGAGAAGCGCUGAUUUCCAAAAUAUUAUAGCUAUAUGUACCACCGGUGGGAAACUUCCUAUCAAUACCUUCAACUAUCAGUUGAUCGACCUUUUGAGUCUGCCAUCUGGAUGCACGGGGAAGUAUUACGUUCCCAUCGAUAGCACUUCUCCUAUGAUCAGCGUGGAGGUAAGCGCAGCAGGAGAAGCGUUUGUCAAUUUGACGGACUCGAAUGGUAAGGCAACAUCGAAUCCUAACUCCACAUAUGGACCAAUGUUUAAGGGAAGGUCUGGCCAGGUGAGGGCGUUGUAA